UGGUUCGAUGAGUUAAAUACUGAUUUUCCAAAAUCUUAUGAAAAGUAUGACGACUUGCUGUUAGUUCCUCAUCAAUGUUUGAACCACUCUUUAUGGGAGGAUCCAGAAAACUUGAAAUUGCUAGUCAGUUCAUUCAAAUGUAAUAGAUUGGCCAAGAAAGGACCAAUAUCAAAUGACAAGUUCAGAACACCACAGGUUACCAUGUUGCUAGGGGAUAAUAGCGUAGUGAGACACAUUGACAAUAAAAUCAUAUACCAAUAUGAUGUGCAAAAGUGCAUGUACAGUCCUGGCAACAUCACUGAAAAACUUAGAAUAAGUCAAAUGGACUGCAGAAAUGAAGUCAUUGUAGAUUUGUAUGCAGGCAUAGGUUAUUUUACGUUGCCAUUUAUGGUUCAUGGUAAAGCAUCUCAUGUGUAUGCUUGUGAAUGGAAUCCUGAUGCUGUUGAAGCCCUGAAGAACAAUUUGGCUUUGAAUGGUGUGGAAGAUAGAUGUACUGUUUUGCAGGGAGACAACAAUGAAAUGUGCCCCACAAAUGUUGCCGACCGAGUUAACCUGGGUUUGAUACCAAGUUCAAGAGAUGGAUGGAAUGUGGCAUGUAAGGCACUAAAGAGAAACAAAGGAGGAGUUCUUCACAUCCACGAAAAUGUCACAGACGAUAGAAUUACUAACCACCCUAAUUGCAAUGAAAGAGAUCGAAUUUAUUUUGAUGUUGAAACAACUGGAACUAAAAGGGAAUCAAAAUAUUGUAGUAAUAAUGGUAUCAGAAAAGAUAAAAAUAUGAAGGAAGUCUGGAUACGCUGGGCCAAUGAUACUUGCAAAAUCAUCCAAGAUACACUGGAGAAAUUAGAUGAUAGACCAAAAAGAUGGCAAUGUGAAGUGUUAUAUAUCGGUCAGAUCAAGUCAUAUGCUCCUCAUAUCGAUCACUUGGUUGUCGAUGUACAUUGCAAACCUAUCUUAUGA